GCAUGUGCAAAAAGUGGGGUUGGACCAGUUUGUAAAAAGUGCUAAUAAUCAUGGAAUUGGGGGGCGAAUUGUCCCAAAAACACGUCCUGUGUCGCUUCAAGUCCGAUUCAGGCGAAAUCACCGGCGACAUCAUCGACUUGCCCUUGUCUUGUACUGUGUCCCAGUUGACUGAAAUUUGCAAUGCUCUCCUCGAAACCACAAAUUCGUACAUUUUUUACGCCAACGACACCGAAAUCACACAUUCGCUCGAAAAAACCUUAAACUUGUCGGACUUGAACACCGAAACCGUCAUCGACAUCCUCUACCAGCAACAAGCCGUGUUCCGAGUGCGUCCCGUGACAAGAUGUACAAGUUCAAUGCCAGGCCAUGCCGAAGCUGUCAUUUCCGUGAGUUUUUCCCCCGAUGGUAGACACCUAGCGAGUGGUUCUGGCGAUACAACCGUUCGGUUCUGGGACGUGGACACCCAGACACCUUUUAAGACAUGUAAAGGGCACACGAACUGGGUGUUGUGCAUUGCGUGGGCCCCCAAUGGGCGUAAACUAGCUUCGGCGUGUAAAGACGGCAAGGUGGUGGUAUGGAACCCCGAAAAUGGGGCCCAGAUUGGUAAAACUCUAAUUGGGCAUAAAUCAUGGGUCACGGCCCUGAGUUGGGAACCCUACCACCAAAACGCCGAGUGUCGCUUUCUAGCCUCGGCGAGUAAAGAUUGUGACGUCAGGAUUUGGGAUACGGUCCUGUGUUCUUGUACUAGGGUUAUUUCUGGGCAUUUGAAAAGUGUGACUGUGGUCAAGUGGGGCGGUCUGGGGCUCCUUUAUACGGCUUCGCAGGACCGGACUGUUAAAGUUUGGAGGGCUAAAGACGGUGUGUUGUGUCGUACGUUAGAAGGGCACGGUCAUUGGGUCAACACUUUGGCCCUCAACACUGAUUAUAUCCUCAAAUUGGGGGCGUUUGACCCAGUCAAAGACACCCAAAUCCAAUCACAAGACUUCGUCCUGCGUCGUUACAACGAAAUCGUUAACCCUAUCGGUGAUGAAAGACUCGUCUCGGGCUCCGAUGAUUUCACUUUGUUUUUGUGGGCCCCCUCAAAAGACAAGAAGCCGUUAAAUCGGCUCACGGGGCACCAACAAUUAGUUAACGAUGUGAAAUUUUCACCAGAUGGUCGCAUUUUUGCCUCGGCUUCGUUUGAUAAGAGUAUUAAAUUAUGGGAGGCCAAAAGUGGUAAAUUUAUUUGUACGUUAAGGGGGCACGUACAGGCUGUUUAUGUGAUUUCGUUUUCGGCCGAUUCUAGACUUUUAGUGAGUGGAAGUGCCGAUUCAACACUCAAAUUGUGGAAUUUGAGGGAGAAGAAAUUGGAAAUUGAUCUGCCAGGUCAUGGGGAUGAGGUCUAUGCGCUUGAUUGGGCCUCAGAUGGCUCCAAAGUGGCCUCGGGGGGUAAAGACAAAGUCUUAAAGUUGUGGCAAAAUUAAAUGCAAUAAAAUUUUG